GCACGGCAGCGGAUGUAGCAGCAGUAGCAGCAGUCUCCAGUACAUGGCAACCAUGUAGUGCUGGGGGCGAAAUUAUCUUCUUCUGACCAACUGAAACAACAUGUCCUCAUAUUCACUCACGUCGCUGUGAAGUUAGUGUGAGCCAAAAAUGUGUUGAUGACAAAAAGACGAGUCUCACGGGAAUAGCAAGGCGAGGGAGUCGUCGGUGCAACCGAAGCCUGUGAUAUAGACACUUCACUCUGUCCUCGCUUGGAGAAUUCAGAGGGGACGGUGGGCUACUCUUCAUUUAUUAGCUUAACUUACAAUUUUAUCAGCGUAAGAAAUGACUUCAGCGUAGUUUAUACAGACGGACGGGCAUGUAACGCUGAGGGGACACCGGGGGCCAGUUAGUAGUUUUGCGCCAGGUCUGUGUCCGCGUUACCGCCCCGUUUUUUCCUCUCUCGUAGCAGCGCAGCCACAGGGCUCAAGGUAGACGACAUUAACCACCACAAUCGCCCGCUGACACCAUGGGGAAUACAACCUCCUGCUGCGUGUCGUCGAGCCCCAAGCACCGGAGGAAUACCCACUCCAGACUGGAGACCUACCGACCCGAGCCCGAGCUGAGCCGCGAAGACACGGGCUGCAACCUGCAGCACAUCAGCGACAGAGAGAAUUUAGAUGAUCUUCCCAUGGAGUAUAAUCCAUCAGAUCAUCCCCGGGCCAGUACUAUCUUCCUUAGCAAGUCACAAACGGAUGUUGCUGUGCCCCACAGAAGAGUCCGAGAAAAGCGGAAGAGCCUUUACAUCAACCAUUUCACACACAUUUCGGAGAACAAGCACCAUCCAGGCCCAGUGAGAAGGAAAUACAGCUCGUGUUCCACCAUAUUCCUCGAUGACAGCACUGUCAGUCAGCCCAACCUCAAAUACACCAUCAAAUGUGUAGCCCUCGCGAUAUACUACCACAUAAAGAACAGAGAUAUCGACGGCAGAAUGUUGUUAGACAUUUUCGAUGAGAAGCAGCACCCGCUCACAAAGUCUGAGAUCCCUGCUGAUUACGACAAAAAUGACCCCGAGCAGAAGCAGAUCUACCGCUUCGUCAGGACGCUGUUCAGCGCUGCACAGCUCACUGCUGAGUGUGCAAUUGUCACACUGGUGUAUUUGGAGAGGCUCCUGACCUACGCCGAGAUCAAUAUUAGUCCUGCCAACUGGAAACGUAUCGUGUUGGGAGCCAUCCUCCUUGCGUCCAAGGUGUGGGACGACCAGGCUGUCUGGAACGUGGACUACUGCCAAAUUCUCAAGGAUAUUACUGUGGAGGACAUGAAUGAGUUGGAGCGUCAGUUCCUGGAGCUGCUGCAGUUCAACAUCAACGUUCCAUCCAGCGUCUACGCCAAGUAUUAUUUCGACCUGCGCUCGCUGGCUGAGUCCAACAACCUCAGUUUCCCCUUGGAACCCCUCAGCAGAGACAAGGCUCAGAAACUGGAGGCUAUCUCACGGUUGUGUGACGACAAAUACAAGGACUUGAGAAAGCUCAUCAAGAAGCGGUCAGCGAGCGCGGACAACCUGGCGGUGGUGCGGUGGUGUCCAGCCAUCAUUUCCUAACACUGGCUUCAGGCGGCACGCGGCAGAGGAACAUAGACCUGUCCGACUCACUCUAUCGUUGCCUGGUAAGCAGGCAAACUAGGUAGGCAGCAGUCCUGUGGUUCAGUACACACACACACACACACACACACACAGACACAGACACACACUCACAAUGUGGCACUUUUACAAGUGUGAUUACACGCUCCCUGGGUGGUUGUACAUAAAACACGUCCCACCGGCUGCCUACACUGAACCAAACGGAGCUGAGCUGAACCGAACCAAACUUAUCAAGUAUGCAGUUGAAAGUUGUCGCAGCGAAGAAAAGAAGAGGCCAAAUGGAAAUACAGCCGGUGAUCGAUAAGAGAGAAGUUGAGAAAUGAAAUGGGAACAAGUUUUAUACGAAACGCAACUCAUGAAAACAGCAACAGCGUUCCAUAACUCCCUUUGAAGCUUGUGCGGUUGACUGACGGAGGACUUGAACAUUCCUUUCAUUUUCAUGUUUUGGCUCAGUCUUCUUUCCUGGAAACAUGACAUCAUCAGCAUUCGGACACACUCGGUUUCUCUCUGUGUUUAGUUCUUUAUUGAUUUAUAUCUAUUUACAUCCCCAUCAUGGAGAAGCCUCAAACAUGUACAGUACAAAGGAGAGACAUUUACAUUCCACUGUUAACUUUACCGUCUGGACCUUUCUGUGUGGAGUUUGCAUGUUCUCCCUGUGUGCGUGGGUCUUCUCCAGGUUCUCAAAAACAUGCAGAGGUUAAUUGGACACUCUAAAUUGCCCGUAGGUGUUAGAUAAUGUUUUUUUUCUUCUCUAUUGCUGUGUUUCCAUCAUGGUACAGUUCAGUUUGGUAUAAUACGGUAUGGUCUGGAGUGGUAAAGCCCUGGCUCAGGCUUGUGUUUCGACUGAGAACAGUACCUUUACUUGUGACAACAAUGGAGGACAUCCAGCAGCUCUGUUUUUUCCUGCUCGGUGUGUGGCUGUUUGUCUCACCAAGAUGUCAAGCUUUGAAUGAGAAUGACACUUCCAUGGUAUAUUUACAUCGAUCGCAAGGGAGUGGCGCUGGUCUAGCUCCACCCUGACCGCACCGUAUCAUUUUACUCUGGUAACCCCAAGGGAAGGGUGCCAAGAAUGGAAUGGUUGAGGCCGGUUAAUGGAAACGCAACCAUACUGUACCGAACCGCACCAUUCCACUCUGUGCCAACAUGGCUUCUAUGUUGGCUCUGCAAUUGGACUGGUGACCUACCUUCUACCCCGCCUUUCGCCCCCUUUGUCAGCUGGGACUGGCACCAGCAGUCCCACAUCCCUCAUGAGGAGGAUAAAGUGGUAGACGAUGGAUGGAUGUUAACUUAACUAAACACGUUAUACAUUUGACCGAACUCCAGUACAUAUCAGCCAUCUCGACAUCAUAUCGCAUAGCCAUUCAACAGUAGCUCUCACGCAGAGAGCCAACCGUGAAAGCAAUUCAACGUUUAGCUCAAGGGCACUUUGACAGGACCUGUUAAAUCCAGUUACAGGAUUGGUUUAUCUCAAGGCCACCUGGCCAACAUUCAGAUAUAGCCUAAAGCAAUAUUCACGCAGCGCUUUAUUGUUGCGAUUAAACACAAUAAAAGCGUGUGCACUUGGGAGAAGAUAGGUGCCCACUACUCUGAGACAGAUGUGAGACAUACUGUAGAGCUUCUGUUCUUUAUCCACUGCCAUUGUCCUGACCUGUGGUGCCUGUAAUAAGCUAUAGUCAAACACUUCUCCCCUCUUUCUAGUGGAGAAAACGAACAAAUAACUGAAGUAUUUUUCUUUCUUUAACGUUUUGUAUUUUUCUUGCAGCUCACAAACAAACAGCACAAACAGAAUAUAAUGACAUUUAGAAGCCACUAAAAGCAUGAUUCUUCAGGGUUCUUGUUUUUGUUUUUUUUGGGUGACAUUGCUGCAGAGAGGAACCAAUGAAAAACGCAUCAAGUGACAAGUCAGACACUGCUCACAAAAAGGUAGAAUGUAAGAAGAUGUCGCUAAAUUGCUUAUGUACAGUGUAAAUACAGCACCAGUGUGCAAAUCUGUAGACUGAAAUCGUACUGUAAAAAAACACACAUACCCCCCAAAAACAGAAUGAUAUUAGAGUAUUUAUAUUGGAUCAGUUUUAUUGUACAUGAUAGGAAAACUAUUAAGGUUUUAAAUGGGAGACACCACUAAAGAUCUUUUUGUCUGUUCUUGUUAUGAAGUUUUUUCACACUGCAGAAAAUGUUGCUUUUAUGUGUUACAUACUGUAUAGGGUAUAAUGAUAAAUACAAGACAAUUCAGAUGUGUGGUAUUUUAUUUUAUAUUUUAUAUACAUAUAUAAAUAUGUGUAUAUAUAUAUAUAUAUAUAUAUGAAAACUACCCCGACUUAUGUUUUUGAUGAAAUUAGUAGCAUCUGAUCUGUAUGGAGUCCUGCAACUUACAAAAUGUUUUAUCAGGUUUUCAGAGAGGUCAUGAAUGUAACUUAGUAUCAAUAUAACUGAUUAGUAUAACAUUUAGCCGGUUGGUGGGAAAAUAAUAAGUUGAUAAAGCAAAUAGGUCAACAUUCAUUUAUUUUUCACUUGCUAAUUUGUCUUCUCUUUUUUAGCACCUUAAUUUUUCAUCCUUUUUUGGUCUUGAUACAUAAUUUUGAUAAAUAAUUCCCUGUUUUUUUUUUUAUUCAUACUAUAUUUUCAUUACUUUACACAUGUUCUGUGGUGAAUAGGAGCACAGUUUUACCACUAGCUCACAUGCUAACAUAUAGUUUAUUGCUAAUUUUAGCUUGGGGUUAGCUAAAGAGGUAAACACUGGGUUUAGCUAGCACAAGCAAAGUUAUCCUAGCAACAGAGUCCUCAUUCUUGGGCAUAAAUAGACAAUAAUUUACAUUUAGAAAAGUAAAUUUGCUAAAUUAAAUAUGUAAGAAAAAGAUAAAUGAUAAUUGUGUGCAAAGACUAAAACAAUAAAAUAAAAUCAGUUGAAAAACAUUUUGUAAACUGAUCCAAAAAGCUAUUUACUCUUAACAACUGAAGAAAAGUUUCCUUUUGUUUAACUUCAGAAUAUUGUGUAGUGGUAUAUUAACUCGUUUGAUAACCUUUUACAGCAGUUUGUAAGUUUUGGGGCUCCAUAUUUUCUUACUGAAAAUCAUGCUAAUUUUUUUACAUUUUUUUCCUUAAAACAGGAAAAUGGAAACUGGUUUAUUUUGUCUUAGUGUCAUAAGAAUAUGUGUGGAUUAAAUAUUAAAAUCCACUAUUAUCCUUCAAAUGCAUUUUCUUUUCUGAAACAGAAUGUCAUGGAAAGGUCAGAUUCAGAUGUGACAUCAGUGUAGCCUCCUUUAAGCCUCUGGGCUGUUUUGUGCAUUUCUUCAGCAGCUUCAACAUCUGUGAUUUAACUCGAGUUUUGUCAAUCUUAGUCAGUCCCUGACCAGCUUGUGUGAAAUGGACAGAACUGAACCAAAGUCACAGAGAAAUGAAGGAUGUUGCUGUUCCAUGUGUUGCUCUGAAGAACCAGCCCACUUGCACAUAAUAGUAUAUGGAAAUGAGUUGGGACUUGGAAAGAGAGCAGUUGUUUUGCACGGUGCUUUGAAUGAGUGGAAAAAUUAAGUACAGAAUAUAUAAGGAAAGCAACGUUACUGGAUUUCAAACUGAUAGAGGUAUUAAAAGAUUGUAUAUCCUAUUUAUUGUACGUAUGAGUGCAUACAGCCCAGUUAAGUUGGUGAUUUGUUUUGACCUGAUACCAUGUGGUCAAAAAUGGAACGUCCUGUGACGUCCUGUCGGCUGGUUACUAGGUGUGUGUCAUAACCUCAAGCACUGAACUCUACCUCUACAUAGAGUUUUACUUUUCUGACAAUGACAAUUUAUGGAUUUUACAAAUUCAGCUUUGAUCUCGACAAUUUCCCACGCUACUAUCAGUCAACUGCUAUAGCUGUGACUGUUUUUUGUUUUUUUUUCAUGGAUAUUUCAACAAGUUGUACUGUAUUCUGUUGUUAUUGUCAGUGUAUUCCUUUCCUUUUAGUGAGUCAGUCAUUUGUUCCUGUUCUCAUUUUGCCAAAAUCUGAUUUGCUCUCUCUUCUUUUCUGUAUGUUUUCUGUGAUAAUUGGAAGAACUGCAACCAAUUCUCCUCUCCUGAAGCAAUGUUUAGAGAAACCUGUGCAAGAAUUAAACUUUACAGCCUUGCAAUAAA